AUGCCGUCUCUGACUGUCCAGGGCACGGACGAAGGCUCCGUGAGGUUGGGCUUUCACCUGGCGCGGAGCAGGGCGUGCUCCAAGAACUUGAAGACCUGCUUGGAGGUUCGCGCCCGGGAUCACGAAGAACUCCUCCUCGGGCCCGAUGAGGACGAUGGCGACGUCAGCUUAAACCUGCCGCACCUAAUGGAGCGGGAUGACGACGUGGCCGACCACCCCCACAAAAUGCGGCUUGAGAACAAGCUGCGCCAGAGUGAGAUGGAGUUCCUGAAGCUGGUCAAGGAGUGGCACGAGGUGAAGUCUGAGGCAGGGCCACCCUGCGUGAUCGUCGAAUAUCCCAUGGGCCAGGGCGACACCGACUGGCACGACUGGCAACAGGAUGUGCAAGUACGGGAGGAAUCCGAAUGGAGGUAUGUGCACAAGUUGGUGGAGGGAGUUCCGAGCACGGCGUACGAGGAGUUCAAGAACCUGAUCGUCGUGGCUGUGAGGGAAGAUGGACCCGCCCAGCGCUGCGGCGUCCGAGACGGCUUCAGGCUGAUGAGCAUCGGCAUGCGCAUGGCCGGGUGGGUAUGGCCGCAUCCGAAUUCGGAUGAUUGGACCCGGUCCAUACGCCGGAUCCAGACGGUAGCCUUCGAGCCUUGCGCCCCUUCGCCGUCCCCGGGGCUCCUACCGACGCUGACGGCAGCCGCCGGCGGCGAGAAGCGCGGGAAGGAGGACUUUGCGGCCUUUGCCGAAACACUCCGCCGCUUCGGCGAUGGCAAGGAGCACCCCAACCAAGAGCGCAUCAUGUGGGAGGGGGUCACGGCCAUGAUCUGUCGCACCAGCGACCGCGCAACCCGCGAGCAGGUGCACUUGGCCCUGCAGCUGGCUGGCCACCUGCCCCCUCUCGCCGAGGGUGCUGCGGACAGCCAGACUCCCUGGAUCCCAGUGUACUUCAGCUCCAGUUUCAUUGCCCCGCCUGCUGCGUGGCGGCCAGAAGAUCUCCACCUUCCAGUUCCUGCCCAGCGCGGCUCGGUGUUUCUCCUGGGCCCAUCGCAUUUUCUUCCCCGCCACCUAGAGGAGGCGAAGAUGGAGUAUGAGGUCCUGGGCCCCCAUCUCCGCAAGCUGCAGGGAGUUGAUUGCAUGGCUUUGGAGGCCCUUCCGGUAUUCCACCGGUCGACGCUGGACCUCUUGCAGGAGGCCUGCAGCGCUUACAGUCACACUGUGCUCAUGGUUCCCAACUGGUACUUCGGGAACCGCUACGUGGAUUCUUUGACGCCGGGCGACCUUUUCCUUGACUUGCCCCCAAGCGCCUACAACGUCAUCAGGGAGAAGGUGAACAAGGAAGACAACGAGGUGAUGGUGAGUCACGGCCUCUCCUGCUUGGCACACCUCACCUCACGAUUCCAAAACUUGAAGUUCCUCUUCUGGUGCAUUGCGCGGCGGACGCUGAUUCCGAAUCGCACCUCGAGCGUUCCCCUGGAAGGUCAGUAUCUCCAAGUUGCGUCGCGCUUCCGCAAUAACACGCUGGAUGUCCUGCAGUACAGCGACCCCGCCACCUUCACGAGGCGCCACAUGAAAGACAACAACGGCCAUCCCAAGCGUCAAGGCUAUGACUUGAUCUUUCGACUUAUUGAUGGCAUGAUGCGCAAAAAGGGUCUGCUCAUCAGGGUUUAUCAGGGUUUAGGGUUUAGGGUUUAG